AUGACCACAAAACGUGCAAUGAAUGCUUCAGCAAGUCUCUGGUUUGCUUCCAUACUUUUAUCAUGCCUUAGGGUUUGGAUAAGAGGGUUAUUUUUCCUUAUUACAGGAGUUUUCAUUGCAGUUUCUUUUGUCAUUUCUUGCGCUUCUUACAUCAAAAUUUAUAUCAUUGUUCGUCAUCAUCAGAUCCAGAUUCACGCUCAACAACAAGCUGUGAACAGUUUUAAUAUUAGUUUUAAUAUUACAGAUAGUAAUAACCUGAUAAUAUCAAAGAAACGUGCUUUAAAAACUUUUAUAUACUUCAUCUGCAUGAUAUUUUGUUAUCUACCAUAUCUAUCUUAUUUAUUGUUACGUGAGACCUCAGUUAUAGCUUCUGACAGGAAUUGGUUGAACUUGGUAACUACUGUUGUGUUCUUGAAUUCGUCCGUAAAUCCAUUUUUGUAUUGUUGGUGUAAUCAUGAAAUCCGCACGUCGGUUGUAAAGAUAAUACGAAAGAUGAUGUGUAGACAAACAGAGGAAGCUGACUAGGUAGUGGCGUUGCAUUAAAGUUCAUUGCCAAAAAAUUUGCCCCAUGUAAAGGUUUCCAAGACAGUCUUGGAUUCUGGAUUCCAAAGCCGUGGAUUCCGAAUUCCAGGUAUGGUGCGAAAAAUGAUGUGUAGACAAAAGAAGGAAGCUAGCAAGCUUGAGUGUUAGAAUUGUAUUUGUAAAGAGCGGAAUAUAAUACAGACCUUUACCACGCUAUGCAAACUUCCCUGAACCAUUGCCUAAGGUUUUUGUGCUGUGAUACCACACUUAUGAUUUGUCGACACCAAUCUCCAAUUUGGAGACGGGUAAUCCGUCUAAGACGAAUUAUCCGUCUGUUAGCACGUCUUCAAGACGUGCUAACAGACGAAUCAGCCUCAGACGAAUUUAUACUAGAGACGAAUUAUCCGUUCAAAUAGAUGAGGACGUUUAAACUUAAUAUCUCAGUAUUAAUCUUGAAUAAUACAAAAAAAGCCCAAGUUUCAAGCUUUCAUUUUGAGCCCCCUUCCUUUCGUGGAUAGUCUUUUUGUAUGUUACCACCUAAGAGAUAAAUGUUUCUUGAUGCACUGUGUAAGUUUCUGCAUACUAUUUUGACAUGGUCGGUAUACUAAUAACUGUGAGGCAAUUAAAACGUUGGGAGACUAAUUACAGCUCAGUAAAUUUUACUUAUUGAAAACAGAGUUUGGAUGAAUCCAUCAAUAAAGGGUUUUCAAAGAGUCAAAGACUGUAAGCGCCAAUUACCCAAUAAGAACAUUCAAAUAACGAAUUAAAAGCUGCAAAGUCACCGCGUCUUUUUGUUAAGGAAACGCGACGAGCAACAACAAAAGCUUUAAAAAGAAAUCGAAGAUGCCAAACUACUCCUUCUUCAAUAAGAACGAAUCAAACUCCGACAACACGGGAAAAAUGGACAACAGUUCAAGCUUGGAAACUAUUGUUGUCAUAAAUUGCAUCCUCAAUGUUCCACUGAUGCUCACAUCAAUCACUGACAAUGUUUUGGUGUUGGCCGCCAUAUUGAGAACUCCUUCGCUUCGUUCAGUACCGUCUAUUAUCUUCCUAUGCAGUCUCGCUAGUACAGAUUUUCUUCUUGGACUUGUAGGUCAACCUUUUUAUAUUGCCAAUGAACUAUACCACUCAACUGGUGGGCCAAUCUCCAAAGUCGAAGAUUUCGUAUCUGUUUCACUUUGUGGUGUUUCCCUCACAACAAUAACAGCCAUAAGCGUAGAUCGACUUCUAGCUCUUCACUAUCACAUGACGUAUCCGAAUUUAAUGACAACAAAACGUGCAAUGUAUGCCUCAGCAAGUCUCUGGUUUCCAUCCGUACUUUUAGCAUGCCUUAGAGUAGCUUGGGGAUCAGAAGUUAUUUGUAUUUUUGAAGGAGUGUGA